AUGGCACACAGCCGUACAGAGUCGUACAAGGAGUUGUUGUGCACCUCAGUCUAUAUAACCAGCAACCGUUCUUCUCUUCGUUCAAUCAAGACAGCACCCAGCGAAGACCUAUCAUCCGCAUACCAACACCUCUUCCGCACACUUGAGAUUAUACAACCGAGUGGCGUCAUGAACAACAGUGCCAAAGACAUCCCACCCAAACCCGAGGAUCCUCCUCUGAUCGGAAUAUCGGUAGAGUGCAUUAAGAUGCUUUUCUAUGGAGUCUACAAAGUGAACAGCGCGGCUUUAAAUGCGAACAGCAGAGUGGUCACUGUUGAUCCACUCUCGCUCCUCUUACCUGGAUCAUCCUUGUCUUGCACGAGGAAUCCUUCGCGAUCCAUAAAGCCAUGCUGGCCGAAUCUGCCUCCGCCUCAGGCAUCCGUUCAUACAAAUUUUCAAGUUGAACAAAGAGGCCCAAUUCCCGGUUCCUCAUCUCGGCCUGCGCAGAAGCGUCCUGCCGGAUCAGACGCUCCCGCAGUUACGGAACGUGUCGCCCCCGGUCGCUGCACAACAUUAGCCUCGUCAACUUCCACCAGUCUUCGGAAGUCUGUGGUUAUUCACGUACACGAGAGCGACGAAGAUAGCGACGAGGAGAGUGAUGAAGAUAUCGAGUUCCCGCUAGAAACAUUGCCUGGGACAUCUACUAACCCUUGUCGCUGGAAUCCCAACCGCCCAUCAAUACACCAUUGCUACAUAGAGGGUUGCCGCCAUAUCUUCACCAACCAGCCUUCCUGGUACGAUCUCGCAAUGCAUCUCGACGUGGUUCAUCCACCAGAUGAUCAGAAAUGGCUCUGCUGCUGGCCUGCGAAACCUGGGGAGAUGUGCGGCAAGUUGCUGUGUGCGACCAGUCGGACAGACCAUGUCUUCCACGCGCACAUGCAGGCGGUGCAAACGCGCUGUGUCUUGAAGAACUGCGGAUGGACGACCACCGCGCACCCUUGUACAUACAGGAGGCAUUUGAUGACCACACAUCGUGUGGAUGCAUAUCCGAAGUGGGAGUAUCCGUGGAGCUUUUGGUGUCCAUAG